UCUUUGGCACAGCCAGCCGCGUCCAGCCUGCCUGAGGACAGUCAGCUCCCAGUGGAAGAUGGCGGUGGGGAUGCUGUCUGGGGCUGGAGCACAGUGCUGGAUUUGCACAAAAAGCGAACCCGGAUGGAUAUAAAGGAAAACAUGAACAUAUCCCUAUCUCUUCUCCUCGAGGUCUGGACUCUUUUGGGGUUGUUUCGCUAGAGUCUGCUGCCUUUUUUUCUGGCAGAAAGCCGGGCUUCUUGUCGGGGAUUCUCAGACUAUACAUUGAUAGCUCGGCGCAUAGACAGACAGACAGGGUGGGAGUGAAAAGUGGACGAAAAUGUCGGAUUCAAAGGUAAAAGUUGCAGUGAGAGUCCGGCCCAUGAACCGCAGGGAAAUUGAACUGAAUACAAAAUGUGUCGUGGACAUGGAGGACAACCAAACAGUGCUGCACCCACCACCUUCUAAUGCAAAAGGAGACAACAGAAAACAAUCCAAGGUAUGUACGUUUCAUCUGUUUCUGCUGCUGCAAAAAAUAACUGUCCAGCAUCGACAGAGCUAA